ACCAAAUCAUUAGCCAGCUAGCUAUAAAGCAAUUGUCUCAUUCUUGUCAAUUGCGCGUUCCACGUAGUCAUAGGAUUUCACUGUACUCUUGCGAAGCAUAAGGAAAACUUGAAUGACUCCGCUUUAAUAAUCACAAAAUGUCUGGCUCUGCACCUCCAACCCCGCCGGACGACGGUUCCGACACGUGCGGGUUGGCUGCUUUUCUCCCUGCCGGCUAUCAAGCCUUCAAACCGGAGGACCAUGGCCUAGACCGCAGCUUUCGGCUCACGGCCUUCUCCGAUCUGAAAGGAUGAGGCUGCAAAGUCCCCCAGGAGGCUCUGCUCAAACUCCUGGAGGGACUCGAGCCCGAUCGUCCGGGUGUAGGGACGGGAGAGGAGGGCGGCCCGGCGGCAGGUGCCGGAGAUGAGGCGUCUGAAUUCGGUCAGCUUUCACAGACUGCUCACGGACCCCGAUUAGGUAUUGGCUUGGACUCCUGUGUCAUUCCCCUGAGACACGGGGGUCUGUCCCUGGUCCAGACCACCGACUUCUUUUACCCGCUGGUGGACGACCCGUACAUGAUGGGUCGCAUAGCGUGUGCUAACGUGCUGAGUGAUCUCUACGCCAUGGGGAUCACAGAGUGUGACAACAUGCUGAUGCUGCUCAGUAUUAGUCAGAAGAUGAAUGAAAAGGAGCGGGAGCAGGUGAUGCCCGUGAUGAUCAAGGGCUUCCGUGACGCCGCGGAGGAGGGCGGGACUUCCGUGACUGGCGGCCAGACGGUCAUCAACCCCUGGAUCAUCAUUGGGGGCGUGGCCACAGUGGUGUGCCAGCCCAAUGACUUCAUCAUGCCCGACAGCGCGGUUCCAGGGGAUGUACUGGUUCUCACCAAACCUCUGGGCACACAAGUGGCCGUCAAUGCCCAUCAAUGGCUUGAACUGCCUGACAAAUGGAACAAGAUCAAGCUGGUCAUAUCUAAGGAAGAGGUCGAACAGGCCUACCAGGAAGCCAUGCACAACAUGGCCACCCUCAACCGCACAGCCGCAGCCCUGAUGCACAAGUUCAACGCGCACGCCGCCACUGACAUCACGGGCUUCGGCAUCCUGGGCCACGCCCGCAACCUGGCGCAGCAGCAGCGCAGCGAGGUGGCCUUCGUCAUCCACAACCUGCCCAUCCUCGCCAAGAUGGCCGCCGUCAGUAAGGCCUGUGGCAACCUCUUCGGCCUCCUGCAGGGCACCUCCUCAGAAACAUCAGGAGGCUUGCUGAUCUGUCUGCCCCGGGAGCAGGCGGCUCGUUUCUGUGCGGAGAUGAAGGCGAGUCGGUCGGGCGCCGUGGGCGUGCCAGGUCCCGAGGGGGGCGGCGAGGGCCAGCAGGCCUGGAUCAUCGGCAUCGUGGAGAAGGGCAACCGCUGCGCCCGCAUCAUCGACAAGCCGCGCAUCAUCGAGGUCCCGCCCCGCGGCUCCGUCACCGAGGGCAACAACAACAACAACAGCACCAGCCCGCCCCCUGUGCAAAGCCCGCCGGUGUCCUAGGGGGGGGGGGCGCAGGUGUGCGUGACCCC